AUGAAAGUCCAUCCUGUCUUCAACAUUGCCCUAUUACACAAAAAGCCAGUAGACGAGUAUGACCGUGAUCCAGUCCCACUCCCCCCAGUUGUCACAGCUGAUGGAGAAGAGGAAUAUACUGUUGAAAGGAUCCUAGACUCCAAGAAAGAUAACACAUGGGAGCCCAAGGCCCACUUAGCCAAUGCCCCUGAAAAAUUGGCUAAGUUUCACCAUGAACAUCCAGAGGCAGCUGGACCUUAA